UACCCAUGAUGCCACUGAGCGUGUGGCAGUCAUGUGAUCUCGCUUAACCUGCUCGACAUCGACAACAAACAUCAGCUGGUCGCUUUAUGGCUGUUUUUAUACAAACAGCAAAUCUAAGUGUUUGGAUUUUUACUUAACUCCCGAAAGUAUAACCGUAUGAGAGACAUUCCAAAGGGAUUAUUGAAAUAAUAAUGGCGGAAAUGGAGGAAAAGGACAGAAAAUCAAGUGAGGAAUUCACAGACGAGUCAGAGGAGGAGGACAGUGAGGAGGAGCCCAAGCUGAAGUACGAAAGACUUUCGAAUGGAGUGACAGAGAUCCUGCAGAGCGAUGCCGCCAGCUGUAUGACUGUCCAUGAUAAGUUCCUUGCCCUGGGCACACAUUUCGGGAAGGUCUUCUUGCUGGAUGUCCAGGGGAAUGUCACACAGAAGUUUGAGAUUAGUUCCGUGAAGAUCAACCAGAUCAGUUUGGACGAGAGUGGAGAGAAUGUGGGCAUCUGCUCCGAGGAUGGGAAGGUUCAAGUUUUCGGUCUGUAUACAAGAGAGGGCUUCCACGAAAACUUCGACUGCCCCAUCAAAGUGGUGGCGUUGCACCCGCAGUUCUCCAGGUCUAACUACAAACAGUUUGUCACCGGGGGCAACAAGCUUCUUCUGUAUGACAAGAACUGGCUGAACCGCUGGAAGACGACCAUUCUGCAUGAAGGAGAGGGAACCAUCAGCAAUGUCCAGUGGCGAGCAAACCUCAUCGCCUGGGCCAACAAUGUGGGAGUUAAAAUCUACGACAUCAGCACGAAGCAGCGCAUCACCAAUGUGCUGAGAGACAACGUCAGUCUGAGGCCGGACAUGUAUCCAUGCAGUCUCUGCUGGAAAGACGACACCACCCUCAUCGUGGGGUGGGGAACCUCUAUCAAGAUUUGUGUUGUGAAAGAGAGAAACCCCACUGAAAUGAGGGAUCUGCCCAGUCGCUACGUGGAGAUAGUGUCUGCAUUUGAGACAGAGUUUUUCAUCAGUGGCUUAGCUCCUCUUGCAGAUCAGCUGGUCGCCCUGUUCUUUGUGAAGGAGAACGCUGACCAAAUGGACGAAGACUUCCUGGCUCGCCCGAGACUAGACAUCAUCCAGCCGCUGCCGGAGGGCUGUGAGGAGAUCUCCUCGGAUGCUCUGACUGUGCGCAACUACCAGGCGAACGAGUGCAGAGAUUACCGUCUUGAGCAUUCUGAAGGGGAGUCCUUGUUCUACAUCAUCAGUCCUAAAGACAUCGUCGUGGCCAAAGAGCGAGACCAAGAUGACCAUAUUGAUUGGCUGCUAGAAAAGAAGAAAUAUGAGGAAGCUCUGAUGGCAGCCGAGAUCAGCUUCAAAAACAUAAAAAGACAUGAUGUUCAGAAGAUUGGGAUGGCAUACAUCAAUCACCUGGUGGAGACUGGAGACUACGAUGCUGCUGCCAGGAAGUGUCAAAAGGUCCUUGGAAAGAACAUGGAACUUUGGGAGAAUGAGGUUUACCGGUUCAAGACUAUUGGACAACUGAAGGCCAUAAGUCAGUAUUUACCCAGAGGAGAUCUGCGCCUUAGACCAGCCAUCUAUGAAAUGAUCCUUCAUGAAUUCCUCAAGACUGAUUAUGAGGGUUUCGCCACACUGAUCCGGGAAUGGCCCGGAGAGCUGUACAACAACAUGGCUGUCGUUCAGGCAGUCAAUGACCACCUGAAGAGAGACCCCACCAACAGCACGCUGCUCACCACGCUCGCUGAACUGUACACAUAUGACCAGCGGUACGACCGCGCAUUGGAGAUCUACCUGAGACUGAGGCACAAGGAUGUUUACCAGCUGAUCCACAAACACGACCUGUUCUCCUCCAUCGAGGACAAGAUUGUGCUCCUCAUGGACUUUGACAAAGAGAAAGCUGUCGACAUGCUCCUUGACAACGAAGACAAGAUAUCUACAGACAGGGUGGUGGAGGAACUGGCAGAGAGACCUGAGCUUCUCCAUGUGUAUCUGCAUAAGCUGUUCAAGCGGGACCACCACAAGGGCCAACGGUACCACGAGCAGCAGAUUGGCCUCUACGCUGAGUACGACCGGCCGAACCUCCUGCCUUUCCUGAGAGACAGCACUCACUGCCCACUUGAGAAGGCGCUGGAGAUUUGUCAGCAGAGGAACUUUGUUGAAGAGACCGUCUUCCUGCUCAGCAGGAUGGGGAACUGCAGACGGGCGCUGCAGAUGAUCAUGGAGGAGCUCGGGGAUGUGGACAAGGCCAUAGAGUUCGCAAAAGAGCAGGACGACGCAGAACUGUGGGAAGAUCUCAUCUCAUACUCGAUAGACAAGCCACCCUUCAUCACGGGCCUCCUCAAUAACAUUGGAACGCACGUUGAUCCUAUUCUGCUGAUUCAUCGUAUCAAAGAGGGCAUGGAGAUCCCAAACCUGAGAGACUCUUUAGUGAAGAUCCUUCAGGACUACAAUCUGCAGAUCCUACUGAGAGAAGGCUGUAAGAAGAUCCUGGUGGCCGACUCGUUGUCUCUCCUUCAGAAGAUGCACCGAACACAAAUGAAAGGAGUCAGAGUCGACGAGGAGAACAUUUGUGAAUCCUGCCAUGCUGCAAUCCUCCCCACUGACAUGGCAAAACCUUUCAGCGUGGUGGUGUUUCACUGCAGACACAUGUUCCACAAGGAGUGUUUACCAUCCACAGGAACGAUUCCCAGCUUACAGUUUUGCAACAUCUGCAGUGCAAAGAAGAGAGGUCCAGGAUGCGGUAUCCUGGAGAUGAAAAAGUAAAAGAAACACAAGCUAUAUUUGCUAAUGUUUACCUGUAACAUGCUCAAGAAAACACUCUAAGCAGCUGUCCUUUGUAAUCGUGCUCAUAUGUUUGGUCUGGUUGGAAUAUGAUAUUAUUAUCAGAGCGUCUAUCAACUGUUGCUUUUGAUUUGAGAGAUAAACCUGUAUCAUGUCUUUGUAUGAUUACAAAGUUGUGUCAUGUCACUGUGUCCCGCUUGCAGCUAAUACAACCCAACAACAAUAAAAUGAUGAAGUAUUUUGUUUGUUUCUUUCACGCACCUUGAAAUGUAAGAUUGAUUUUGGGCAAUAAAGUUAUUAUUUUCU